ACACUUGUUCAACUUGGGUCUUAUGGAUGCAAUAAAUGCAAACCUUGAAGCUAAACUCAAAGAGUUACUAUUUAAAAUUAACUCUUUUGAGAUUAAGAUAUGCUCAGAUGCUACAAAAGAGUUCAUAAAGUUAUUGAAAGGGGAGAUUGGAUGUAAGUUGCUCCAUUUAUAUGCAAAGACUUCUCCAAAGUGCUCGGAACUUUUAGAUACAUGGAAGCUCCAACGGGGGAAGGCUGGAAUCCCAUAUAUAUUUUCAUUAGUUUCUGCCAUUUUGAGUCAUCCUGAUGGAAAUUACAGUCUCAAUGACUUGGAGAGAAUAUCAACUAGUCGCGUUUUGGACAUGUUGGCUCGAUCACUUGUUGAAGAAUGCUUGGGAGACAUAAAUAAUGAAUUAGGUUCCCAAGAAGUAAAGCGCCAAAAUGCAGCUCUAUUAUUGAUGUCUUCAAUUGUUCGGCGUGGUUCACGUAUGGCUUCUGAAGUUGCAAAGAACUUUGAUUUUAAACAUCGUGCAUUUUCCAAGCUGGCAGAGUAUAGACAGAAGCCAAAUCAGAAAGGAUCAAAGCACUCGUCAAGAAAGUUGUUUGUUGGGUUUGCUAUGUCAUUUUUGGAGGUGGCUAAGCCUGAAUUGUUGAGGUGGGUCUUGCAGCAAAAGGAAAUGUAUUCUGGUGUGCUCCGUGGACUUGCAAAUGAUGAUGAGGAGACUAUUAUUUAUAUUUUAUCCACAUUGAGGGACAAAGUUCUUGUUGAUGAGUCACUGGUACCUCCAGGCCUUCGAAGUGUGCUAUUUGGAAGUGUUACUUUGGAACAAUUGGCCACUAUAUGUGGAACAGAGAAUGGUGGUCCUGUAGCAGAGGCUGCUUACCAGGUUUUAAUUUUGGUUUGUACUGACCCUUGUAAUGGGUUGAUGCCAGAUCUGAAAAGAUGCCCAAAUCCUUUAAAAGGUAAUCCAAAGCGACUAAUGGACCUCAUGAAGAAGUUAAAAGCAACUGGAGUUAUUUAUCAUAGAGACUUGCUUUUGGCAAUUAUUAGGGGGCAGCCAACUUUCUGUUCAACAUACUUGGAGGAAUUUCCUUACAACCUUGAAGAUUUUUUAUCACCUACCUGGUUUUCUAUGGUUUCUUUGACAAUUAAGUUGGUUUCUUAUGUGAGUAAUGGCCUAUCUAUUGGAUCUUUUGAUUCUCAAUCAGAUGAUAUUACUUCAUUGGAGAAUAUUUAUAUGAAAAGCAUUGUGAGGUGCCUCUCUUCUCGGCCAUUUAGUCGAUCAGUAAUUAACAAAGGUUUGCUUCACUCAAAUAUUCUUGUAAAGCAUGGAACUCUACGACUUCUACUUGAGGCAUUGAAGUUGGUCAAUUCUUUUCUCGGUGCUUUAAACAAAGCAUUAUCCGUCAAUAAGCAAAUGAUGUCCUAUUGGUUGUCUCUCAAUCAGGAAAUGCAGAAUGAAGUUCAAACUUUGCUCCCUGAUCCCCAAGUGCUACUUACUCUACUUUCUUCGUUGGCUAGCCAAUCUAGAGUUCAAGCAGUUAGUUUGAAAAGGGCCUCUGGUCUGGAACAUAGCUUCCAUGGUGUUAAAAAAUUAAAAACAACUUCACCAGAUCAUGACACUGAUAUUGUUGUUAGUGGAGUUGUGUCAGCUCCUGGUAAUGGCCAAAAAGUGGUUGAUAUCUGUACGGUAGAGACAUCAGAGAAGGAAAGGGAACUGAUGAUUUCUAUAGCUGAACUUUGGGAUUUGGAUCCAUUGUCUACUCUUGUCGAAGUGAAUGAUGUAGAGAUGUACUUCCUUUCAAAGCUCUUGGAUGCUCUUACAAUUUAUCGUCGAACAAUGCCACACAAUUUGGAGGGAUCAUUUGAAUUUUUCAUCAAUCUUCUUGGAAACCCUUUAUUAUUGCCCACUACUUUGCAGCAUUCCUUGUUGUCCUUGCUUAUCGAAUAUAUUCCAUCAUCAUCAACGAGUGCAAUGCACUUUAGAACUCCACCAGGGAUGUACAAGCAUUUACAACCGUUUAUUAGCUUGUUCAUACAUUCGCCGGACAGUGACAUAAAGGAUAAGGCAUAUUAUCUGGCCCAAGCUUGUAUUUUAAGUACUGGUGCACUUGAUCAAAAUGUGUAUGAAGUUGGAUCAUGGUUCUUAUUUUUAUCAAAUUAUGAUCGAGGAACAUCUCUUAUAGAACUUGGGAUGGGGAAUUCAGAGAAUUUAAUUUAUGCCGUAAUUUCAUUCUUAUGUGAUGCCAUUUCCACUGUGGGGAAUAACUUAUUCAAAUAUUGGGGUCUCGUAAAGAGUUACAUCAACAAUUCAGAAGAUGCCAAAGAUGUCUCACCUAAUUUCAGCCCAAUCACCGUGUGUGUUAUGCAGAAGUGUCUAAGGUUGCUCAGCUCCGAAUCUGUAACCUUCACCAGACCUGGGAAAGCAGUUAUAUCUAAUUAUGUGAGCAGUACGCUAAAGUAUCUCCUGCAGACUCAGGUUGAUACACGAUUGCUGGCCUCAGUGAUUGAGUCUAUCCUGUCUGAGAUAUUUGGUAACCAUGGUCCUUUGGAUGUGGAUUUAGGAAGUUCAAACUGUGAGUGGAGACCAUUGAAGAAUUUAUUUUUCUUUUCCCGCAGAAUGUCUACUACUCAUAGUGAAGAUGUUUUUGCUGAUCAUCGUCAUUUAAUGAAUGAUGAAGAAAAAAUUUGUAACAAAGAGUUUGAUAAAAUUGAAGCAUCUUCUACUAGGUUUUCUACCUUUUUGAAGAGAGCGCCUUUUCAUGUGCUGUUUCCUGCAAUUAUGUGCACUCAUGGUCCCAGUUCUCUGGUACUUUCAAAGAUUCAAGAUUCCCUUCUGCUUAAACUAAAUGAGUUGACAUCUGAUCACCUUCUAUUACCAUAUCUGCGGCUUGUCCUAUUUUGGGCUUAUCAGAUACGAAUUUCUUAUAGACUUAAACCUAUAGUUGAACUCCAGCAGCUUUCCCAAAUUUGCUUUACUCUUCUUCAGAACAUCUUAGGUAAGCUACUAGCUUCAAGAACUCAUUCUGCUACUGCUGAAGAUUACAAGGGCCCUCUGUUAAGGUUAGAGGUUCAAGAUGUAGCAGAAACUAUCUUCUCUCAUCCUGCUGUAGUAUCAUCCUUGUCCUGCCCCCUCACUUGUCAAGGGGACUUGAUGAAUGGUGCUAUUGAUUUAAAUUUGGAAUCUUUGAUUCACUUAUCUGGGAAGAACGUUAAUACAUUAGAUUGUCACAUUAUCAACUUAUUGACCACUUUUUGUGAGCAUCUUUUAACCUCGUGUGAUGGCCAGGAUUCAACAUCCAGAGAGGUAGUGGAGACUUUUAAUUUUCUCAUGCAGAGGCUAUUUUCUGAGUUCAGGGAUCGAUUUGAUCACUUUAUUGAUACAAUGGAUCCGAUGCCACUUCUUCCCCCAUUUUUUGCUUUACAUGCUUUAAAUCAUUUUAUAUCACCUUGUGAUCUUCUUGAAUUAGUGACUUGGAUAUUCAAGAGAGUAAGUGUCAAUAGUUGGGUGGUACAGAAAUCUGACACGACCCAGAUCCAUGGUCUAUCAUUUGGAUUUGGUAUUGCUGUCAUUGCUUUGAAAGAUGUCACAAGCUAUUUGCAGUUAUCAUUCCCCAGAAGAGUACCGUACAGUUUAUUCUGGGAAAUGGAUGAGAAGAAUGUCUGUAACAUCGUUGAUGAGAUUUACACUAAAAUAAAUGCAUUUGCAAUACAUUACAAGUCUGAGUUUUCAGAUACAUGCUUGCUUGAAGUGGUUAAGGCUAUUUGUGCAAAGAAAUACGUGCUAUGUGAUUAUUUUAAUCAAAUACAUUUAGCAAUGUUCAGACUUAUAAUGAUCAUACCUAGUGAGUUGGUUUCUUAUUGCAUCUACAAGACUAAUAAGGCAAAAGCUAGAUUGUUGUUUACUCUUACUGAGGCUAGCUCCUUCCAUUUGUCAAUCUUUGGGCACUUUAUGUUGGAUAUUAUGAACAAGCAUUCUUGUCACAUGGACAUUGAGAUGGUAGAUACUUUGAGCUUUCAUUUUUCUGAUGAGGAAUUUUUGAUGCUCCUGCCUACUUCUUUGUCAUACUUGAAUUCAGUUAUUGUGAAGUUUGAAAAGAAAUGCUGGUAUAACUUCAAAAGUAUCUCUUCAGUAUAUUCAGGAAUUAUUUUUCAAGGUUUACGUAAGUGGAAGCGCUUUGUGUCCAAAAGCAUUUUCUAUGAAGAAUUUGGUGAUUUAGUGCCAUCAUCCACUCAAGAAUUUGUUGAUCUUGUUAAUGACAGUCUUCUUGGAAAAACAGUGAAUAUGCUAAGGCAUCACUUUGCAUUUAGUGGAGAUCUGGUGACAGCAAAGAAGCGAUUGAAAGUGUUUAAUUCCAUUUUCCCAGCUUCUUGUUCAGGUGAUGAAGUUUUAGAAUUUGAGGUUGAUGAACUUGACUCUUAUUCAUCCAGUCAGGCAUUAAAUUUUUCCAACAAGGUUGUUGCAAAGAUUUCAUUUUGUAGGGUGUUGUUAUUUCCAGAAGGCUACAGUAUUCCCUCUUUGCCAAAAGAAGAUGAGAAUUCAACAGAAAAUUCUUUAGCAAGAAGGUCAAAUAAAGCAGAAUCCUCAAGGUUGCAGUUUUUGAACAUUUUGGCUAGCAUCUGGCAGUGGAUUGUGAAAAGAUUUGCUUUCAUCUCUGAUAUUCAUGAUAAAGAAAUGGACAACUCAAGAUUAUUUAGAUACUUGGAGCUUUUCAUAUUGAAUAGCGUUCUUGAACUAAGCACAGAAAUGCAUGAUGCGCUUGUCAAAUUACCAUCCAUCCCCUUUCUAGAGCAAUUGAUGAGGCUUUCCCUCUUAUAUAGGUUCGAGGAUCCAACAACAUUAAACGUUCUUCAUAAUAUUCUACAUUUAUUGUCUGAUGGCAAGUUUGCAGAAGAUUUAUAUUUGCAGCUGCUGCUUGCGCACUCUCAGUUUGCUCCCACUAUCCAUUCAACUCCAAGACCAUCUUAUUCCAUUGAAACUUUUUUGAGGCCAAUGUCCAGCAUGCUAAGAUCACUUGUCAUACCACCAUCUGAUCAAUGGGGAACCCAUUGCAAGCAAGACUCAAAAUCCACUCAGAUAGACUUGAAACGCUUAGUAAUUGUUAAGUUGGUCCACAUACUUGUGCUGAUGAAGGUACGUAAAGGUGGUUGUGGAAAACAUGAUACCAUAAAUUUCAGAGAAUUGUACUCGCUGCUUCUGUCUUCUUAUGGUGCCACUAUCAGUGAAACUGACUCUGCUAUCUUAAAGACAUUAAAUGAGAUUGAAACUGUAGUUGGAUCAGAUGUAGAAAAUCUAGUUCGAAUGGAUUUUUUAUGGGGAAGUGCUAUAUUGAGAAUUGCAAAAGAACGGCUUCUGGAGCAGGAAUCUUCUUCAAAUAUCAGGAAUGAUGCUGAAGUACUCAAAGAACGUUGUAAAAAUCAAUUUAGAGAAAAUCUUCCUGUUGACCCGAAAAUGUGUGUGUCCACAGUGCUAUACUUUCCUCAUGAUAGAACUGAAUUUGAUGAAGAAUUGUACUCAAAGAAGUAUCAAGUAAAGGAUUUAGAUGAUCUCUUUAAGGGAAAUUUUCAUGGUAUCAAACCUGAACAAUAUGAUCCGGUUUAUGUCUUGCGGUUUUCAAUUCAUGCUCUGUCAAUGGGAUACAUUGAAGCUGUUGAAUUUGCUACUUUGGGUUUGCUUGCAAUUGCAUUUGUUAGCUUGUCUUCAGCUAAUGACAGAUUAAGAAAAUUAGGGUAUGAAAGUCUUGGGGCAUUAAAGGAUGCGUUGGAGAACUGUAAGAGGAGAAAGGGUACCAUGAGACUUCGGCUCCUCUUAACAUAUGUGCAAAAUGGCAUUGAAGAGCCAUGGCAGAGAAUUCCUUCCAUCAUUGUUCUUUUUGCUGCAGAGGCAUCCUUUAUUUUGUUGGAACCAUCCCAUCAUCAUUAUGCAGCAUUAAGUAAGUUUUUGGUGCGAUCUUCCAGGAUGAAUAAGAAGUCCAUUCCUCUGUUUAAGAACUUUCUCUGGAGCAGCUCAGUAAACUUCAAAUCUGAAAGGUUAUGGAUAUUGCGUCUAGUUUACGUGGGUAUUAAUGUCGAUGAUGAUGCCCGGUUAUAUAUAAAGAACUCAAUUCAUGAGGAUCUGCAAAGCUUUUAUGUCUCGCCCCUUUCAGACAAUGAGUCUAAGGAGCUUAUCCUUCAGGGUAUGCGGUUGUCAAGUGAGAUUAGUUUAGUUGCGUGUAAGUUGGUCCAAACAUUCACAGAUAUAGAAAAGAAGAUUAUUUGAAGAAGUGUUGAGCAAAAAAGUUAACAAGCAACAAAUUCCACGAUAAUAGGCAUCUGUGUUACAAACAAAGAGGUUGAAGAAGUGACCAGGUUAAUUGUAUUUGUAGGUGCCGGAAGGGGGUUUUGUGAUGUAGUUAAGUAGCUGCUUCAUAGCUUUUCUUGUUUAUUAGCUACUGUUAUAGCUUUUAUUUUAGUACUUUUACUGCACAGUGACAAUAGUUACUCAUGUAAUUCUUAAGCUUGAAACCUCUAUAAAUAGGUUUCAGCCUUUUAAUGAGAGGGCAUUGAAUCAUUUCUUAAAAACCUUGUGAAGUGCUGCAUCAUUUUGCCUAUCUCCUAUACUACGCUUUCUUUACAUGGUAAUCCUAUGUGAAAAAAAGUAAGGGAUUUUGGAGAAUAAGUUCAAAACCCAUCGGCCACCUACUCGGACAAUAAAAUUUUAUGAGCUUUUUGACAACUAAAUAUUGUUGGGUCAGCGGUUGUCAAGUGAGAUUAGUUUAGUUGCGUAUAAACUGGUCCAAACACUCAUAGAUGUAGAAAGAUGAAGAAGUAUUGAGCAUGAAAGUUAACAAGCCACAAAGUCCACCACAAUAGGUAUCUGUGUUGCAAAAAAAGAGGUUGAAGAAGUGGCCAGAUUAAUUGUAUUUGUCGGUGCCGGAAGGGGGUUUUUCCUAUCUCCUAUACUAUGCCUUCUUUACAUGGUAAUCCUAGGAUUUCCACCUUCUGGACACUAGUGUUAGAAAGAUUCUCAUGUUGGCUGUUGCAAUCACCUCUCUCAAAAGGAGGAACAUUAGCUCUAGUGCCGGCAAUUCUAGCAAAUCUCCAACCUACUUCUCAGUUUUCCAGAGACCCAUUUAAAGUGGCAAACGAGAAGGAAAAAAUCUUUAGGAGUUUCUUAUGGGAUGAAUCAAACAUAGAUUGUGGCUUUCACCUUCUGAAUUGAAAAAUGUCUUCUUUCUACUCAAGUAGGUGAAUAUGUGUAGGUGUCAUAAGAAUGAGAAAUGGUGCAUUGUUGGCCAGAUUCCACCUUGAAAACAAGGAUUUCUGGUAUGAUGUGGUGAGAGAGCAAAUAGAGGGGGUUGUAAGGAGAUCAAUUGUUGGGUCGGUUCUUCAGAUCUUUGAGGUGGCUUGGGUCCGUAAUAGGGAUUGUGGGGCAAUGUUGGAGGAAGUGCUUUUGUCUCUUCCUUUUUGUGAAAAAGGGAAUUUUUUGUGGCAAGCUUGUUUCUUAGCUAUCUCGUGGGGGAUUUGGAUUGAGAUAAAUAAUAGAAUCUUUAGGGGAGUGGAAAGAUGCAAAGAGUCAGUCAGUUUGAGAUCUUAUUAGAUUUAUUGUCUCUUUAUGGGGUCAGUUUUGGAGUUUUGGAGUUGAUCUGUAAUUAUCAGUUAGGUUUUAUUCUUUUGGAUUGGAGGCCAUUUCUUUAGGUGGGUUUCUUCCUUGCGGGCUGUUUUUUUGCAUGCCCUUGUUCAUUUGCUUUUGUUUUCAUUUGUCUCUAUGAAAAGUUUGGUUUCUCAUUUAAAAAAAAAAGGAGAGGAGAUUAAUUGUUGGAUAGCAGUGGACAGGGAAACUGAGGUUGGCCUUGCAAGUCUUUCCUAAAUCUCAUAAGUCUGAUAACAGAGUCUUCUUUGGGGCUGAGGUAACAAGGUAAAUUUCUUUUUUCAAAUCAACGGUACAACUCCCCUCUGUUUAAGGUGACUUUCCCAAGGCUUUACAACAUUGACAACAAUAAGUUUGGACAGACCUCUGGUACUUGAAACAUUAAUCAAAAGACAAGUAUAAGCGACGUUGAGGUGGAGGAAUGGAUUUUGGUUGAUGAAAAAAGAUAUGUUCCUACUUAGUCUAAUACUAAAAAGGAUAAAAUGGAAAUGGUUAAAGAGUUCCGUCCCAUAAGUCUCACCAAUGUUUUAAAAAUCGGUCAAGGCAUAAGCCUUGAGGCGCGCCUUGAGGCGAGGCGACUGUAUCAUCCCUCAAGGCUUACGCCUGUAACAAAUAAAAAGAAGCUUACGCCUUAGAUGACAAAGGCGUAAGCCUCUGUUCUUAAGCCUUUGAGGCUUAAAAGGCGUUAGCCUCAAAUGAAAAUGGUCUUUGGCGGUGGUGGGUGAAAUUAAUAAGGUGGUGUAAUUACCAAGGUGGUUUAGUGCUCUGACAGAAAAAUAAUUGCCUUAGACAUUUGUUUGAUAUAUUAUUUUAAACUUAAAAUCUUAUUAUCCUAUAAUUAAUUAGCAACCUAGACCAAACUAAAAGACAAACUAGGUUUGUCUUGAUUUGUUACAAUGAAUAAAAAUGUAAAUCAGCAAUGUUAUAAUUUUAUUUUCCUUCUCUUUCUCUCCUAUCUACUCUGUUUUGCUUUG